AUGAAGCACCUCGCCGCUUACCUUCUCCUCGGCCUUGGUGGCAACACCUCUCCCUCUGCCAGCGAUGUCAAGGCUGUCCUUGAGUCCGUCGGCAUUGAGGCCGAUGACGAGCGCCUGAACAAGCUCAUCUCCGAGCUUGAGGGCAAGGACAUUAACGAGCUCAUCUCUGAGGGCUCUGGCAAGCUCGCCUCCGUUCCCUCCGGUGGCGCUGGUGGUGCUGCUCCCGCUGCUGGCGGUGCUGCCGCUGCCUCUGCCGAUGCCCCCGCUGAGGAGGCCAAGGAGGAGGAGAAGGAGGAGUCCGACGACGACAUGGGAUUCGGUCUCUUCGACUAA